GGGCCCCUCCCCUUUCCUUCCUCCUCGUCGUUCCUUCCCCGAAUUCCCCAGUCUCGCAACCUUGUCCAGCCAUGGCGACCGCGACGCGGAGGCUGCUCCCGGUGCUCCUCAAGACCCUAGCCCCCGCCGGCGCGCGGGGCCUCUCCACCGAGAAGGCCGUCGGCGCCGCCGCCGUCGUCGGCAGCCACACCGCCAAGUGGAUGCAGGACACGAGCAAGAAGUCACCAAUGGAACUGAUCAACGAAGUACCUCCAAUCAAGGUUGAUGGUCGCAUUGCUGUCUGUGAAGGGGCUGCUGAAGGUGUUGGCCUUGGCCACCCAAUUGAGUAUAUCUGCCUUGAUCUGGCGGCACCUAAUGUGUGCAAGUACUGCGGUCUCCGUUACGUUCAAGUUCACCAUCACUAAGUAGAGAAGAUACUCCCUUUUACAAUGCGGAAGUUUGGAGUUAUUGCAUCCACAUUUGUUUCGCAAUGUUCUGCUAGUAUACUCUGUACUGUGCUUGAUGUCAAUAUUACCUUCGAUGGUCGUCUUUUUCCCGGAUGACUUAUAAUAAUCCAAUGUUAACUGUGGAAUGGUUUUCUACUGUUGAAUUCUUUGCCAUUUUUUGAAUC